UUACUUUUGUAAAAUACAAAUUUUAUAUUUGAAAAGAUUCCAUAGAUGUUGUAAACGAAUGUGCCUCGCAGUGAACAUCCUGAAAUAGUUAAACAUAUCUAGCUAAAAUGUGUAUUUAUAAAUCUCAUAUUCUAACCUUAAUACUAUGGGCACACAUAUGUCUUUACUGAAAGGCCUUUCAUAUACCCCGCGAGUUUAGUGUAUAUAAGAAUCAUCCUGUCCGUAUGUAUGUCUGUCUGUCGGUUUGUCUGUGCAAUCGUGUCCGGUCCAUAUCUAUCUUAUAUAGAAACAUUUGAAGUCCCUACUUCACACAAAGAUUGCUUAUAACUGAGGUUGUGUCGGGAUUUUGACCGAAGGUCAUUUGGGUUAUUUGAAGGAAAAUGCAUAAUUUGUGUCCGGUCCAUAUCUUUAUUUUGGAGAAACUUUGUAAGUUCCUACUUCUUACAAAGACCUAAGAAUGAGUCACAGUCACAUCAUCAUUCGGGCACGUUCAAUUUUACUGGGGGAAAAGUGCAUAAUUGGCGUCUAUUCCAAAUACCAUUUUUUGAUUGAGAAUCAUUGGAAGUGCCUUUUUCUUAUAGAGAUUAUUUAUGAUCUUAUAUUGCCUGUGACUUGGAAAUAUGUCCUGACUUUAAGCUUUUGUCAUUUGUGCAAGUUCAAGGCCAUUGGAAGGAAAAUGGUGCAUAAAUUACUUUCCAUUAAAGAAAUAUUUGUUCAUUAUAUUUUUUAGCGGAGUUUCAUUUGUGAGAUCGCUUGCUGUACCUUAGUUGAAUGCAAACUUGUUUUAAAAACAAGGGAUCAAACAUAAUGAUUGUUAAAGAAAAAUUAUAAAUAUAUAUGCAAGGUAUUGAAAUCAAAUUAUUUGAAAUAAUCCUGAUUAGGAUUCUGAUUUUGAAUUUUGCAAUAAAGGGAAAAGAGAAAUCAAAAUACUUAUCAUAAACUUUUUUAAUCUUUAAAUUCGUGAAAUGUUUUUCCCUUCCACUUUCCAGAAAAUAACUCGGCAAUAGUGCUUUGUCUUUUUUUUCCCACGAUGUGUAGUGUUUCUAUUUCUAAUUUUAUUAAAAUAUAGGUCAUAGAAGUUUGAUAUCUUGCAGUUUUGUCUUUAAAACCGAAUGAAAUUGAUAUUAUAAAGCAUUCAGUAAUUGUAAGUUAUUAUUUAUUUAUUUAGAUGAAAAGAAUUAUAUUCAUUCCUAGUUUCUUAAAUAUGUUAACUUUGGUGCUACAUUAACAAUUGUUAAAUUAUUUACUCUUCAAAUACCGUCCAUGUGUAUUUUACGAAGUUAUAUUCGUAAUUUAUAUUUAUAUGUUGAACACCUAUAAUCAAACUUGUUUAAGUCAUCUAUACUUGUACACGUCUUGAGCGAAAGCAAUGUACAUGACGUCUGAAUUUAUUAAAAGGUCUCAAAUUUUUAAAAUGUUUUUUUAAUAAUGCGGUUAAUUUGAAUGUCCUUGUUUAAAUAUAGAAAUCAUGAUUUUAUCAUGUUAAUUCUGUAUACUUUAUUAGAAAAGAGUGAUUUUUUAGGACGUUGGAUUAAUUUGAGAGUUAUUACUAGUUUUGAAAUCUGAACAUGAGCAUGGACAUUAUACCUCGGACUCCUUUUGAGCGAUUGGCACCACUAAGACGCAAUUACAACAAGCGAAUCAUGACAUUUGAUCAGCGAUGGCCACCAGGGGUACCAGUCUCACCUCGAGAUCUGGCAAAAGAUGGAUUUUAUUACACAGGAAUAGAUGACAAAGUGCAAUGUACACACUGUGGGGGGAUACUUAGUGGCUGGUGUGAGGGUGAUAUUGUGGCUUUGGAACAUCGCCAACAUUUCCCAAACUGCCCCUGGGUCAAGCAUGGUAGUUUAAUGUUGGAAGCCUUUGCCCCUACUAUUCCCACGUAUGAUGUUGAAGACCUGGCAAUCGGUCAACCAGCUAUGCCUAUAAGGGAAAGCUACGAACAAUAUCAAAAACCUAGUGUUCCUGGACCUAAAUUCCAAAACUAUGCCAUGGAGUCGGCUAGAAAGGCUUCAUUUAGAGGAUGGCCUACCCAGAGAACCCUAAGACCUGAUGAUCUCUGUAAAGCAGGUUUCUUUUAUCUUGGAGAGGGAGACAAAUGUAGAUGUUUUUACUGCGGGAAUACUUUAUUGAAAUGGGACCCUGAAGAUGACCCUUUGUUGGAGCACGCUAAGUGGUUCCCUGACUGUGCCUGGUUGAAGUUGAAAAUAAACACCGUUCAGCAUGCAGAAAAUAGCUUUGGUCCAGUAGAACAAGAUGAGAGAUAUGCUAGCAGAGCAACCAAUCAACCCCAUGAACAGACAAGAACCAGUUUAUCCAAUGAACCGAAAGUAACCAGUCAACCCUUAACGACUGAGGAUGAGUCAGCUGAAAGGAAAAAAUUAAACGAAAUAUUGAGAGAGAAUCAAAACCUCAAGGAACAGAGGCUGUGCAAGAUAUGUCUCGAUGAUGAUGCUGGGGUGUUGUUUGAACCUUGUGGCCACAUUUGCUGCUGUACCAGCUGUGGUGUUCCCUUGCAACAAUGUCCUAUUUGUCGAACAUCAAUCACAAAUAUAAUCAAGGCUUAUAUCUCAUGAACACUUUUAUACUUUGUUGGUGCAUGUAAUACCAAAUUUAUUAAUUUUUUUUUGUUUUUUUUUUUUCGCUUUUUUGGUUUUUUUUUAUUUUUUAAGAAAUGAACGUGAAAAACUUCAUCGAAACCACAAAACAGAUCUUCCGAACUUUAGAAAUGAAUUUCUGUAUAAAGUGGUCCUGUUUCCAGAUCAAUUUUAUAUAAAUCAAAUUUUAUCAUUUAUCAUUACAUCUUACUGUCUAGAUGAUGCUUUGUAUACAAAUCCAUGUCAAGAUUUGUUGAUCAUACAAUUUUGUCCAACUCCCAUCUACUUAUUAUUAAGCUAGCGUUGUGAUAUAUUUACUUAGAUAUUUCAAUUAGAUUUGCAUGUUUCUGUAUUCUAUUUUAAUAUACCAUAAAUUACCAUUAUAAGUUCUUUAAACUUUUAUGAUAAAAUUUAGAACACUAUUUUUGCAUUCUAAUAUACACUUUUGGGGUCAUAAUAUGAAUAAACAUGACAAAUAUUCAUCCAAUUUUGAUACUGGUUUAUGAUUUUCCCAUGGGAAUGGUAUAUACUAGUCCUUUUUUUGGUUUACUAAGUUUACUUGUGAUUCAAAAGAAUGAGAUGAAAAUGUAAAAAAAAUAAUAACGGAAAAUGAAUUUUUUUCAAUACUAACAUUUGACAAACAUUUUUAAACCUAUUUUUAGCAGUGUAUGCAUAGAGGAAAGCAAAGUUACAAUGCUUCUUUUAAUUGAUUUCGUUCCUAAUAACGGUUUCAAAAAAGAUGCCAAUGUGCCAUAUAUAUAGUUACAUGUACCUUAUUGAUAAAGUAAAUAUUUUCAUAAAUAGCU